AUGUACUCGGUAUCGUCGGCGGCGGGACCGGCGAGGGCGGUAUCGAAGUUCAUUGCCGAGCUGUUGGUGACCUUUGGCGGCUCAGGCCUUGAGCUGGGCUGGCUUGACGGCCUGGUCGAGGCCCGUCAUGAGGAGGGCCUAGAGGUUGAAGAGCUUCUCCUGGCCCUUGACGGUCCUUGGGUCGGUGGGGAGCUUCUUGGCGAAGAUUUCCUCGAGGACGACGUCGGCGGUGGACCGAAGGGGUUUGAUUUUGGCCAUGGUGUCGCUGGUGCGGGCGGUUUGCUAGCCGUCAACUGGAUGGUAAGCAACGAGAUGGAAGGAUUGAGCGUAAGCUAA